CCCAACAGCUCGGAUCUGUCAUUCUGUCUGUCAGGUUUGAUAGCUGACCUCUAUUUAUUCCUCUCCAAUUCCCCAUCCAUUUUCCACAAACAUCUCAUUUCAAGGUUCAGCUUCUUGAAAAUGGCUCUUCUUGGAUUUCUAAUUCUUCUGGGGAUUUUCUCCUUUGUCUCACAUGUAAAUGGGUAUGGUUAUGGGGGUUGGACUAAUGCUCAUGCCACUUUCUAUGGUGGAAGUGAUGCUUCUGGGACAAUGGGUGGGGCUUGUGGGUAUGGAAAUCUAAUCAGCCAAGGUUAUGGAACUAAUACAGCAGCACUUAGCACUGCAUUGUUCAACAGUGGCUUGAGCUGUGGAGCAUGUUUUCAAAUUAAAUGUGUGAAUGACCCUCAAUGGUGCCUUCCUGGUUCCAUUGUAGUCACUGCCACCAAUUUCUGCCCACCAGGUGGUUGGUGUGACCCUCCCAAUCACCAUUUUGAUCUUUCUCAACCUAUUUUCCAGCACAUUGCACAAUAUAAGGCUGGGAUUGUACCUGUAGCAUACAGAAGGGUAAGAUGCAGGAGAAAAGAUGGCAUCAGGUUCACCAUCAAUGGUCAUUCUUACUUCAAUUUAGUCCUUGUGACUAAUGUUGGAGGUGCUGGUGAUGUGCAUGCUGUGGCCAUCAAAGGUUCAAGAACAAGAUGGCAGGCCAUGUCAAGGAACUGGGGGCAAAACUGGCAGAGCAACUCUUACCUGAAUGGACAGAGUCUUUCCUUUGUAGUCACCACCAGUAAUGGCCACAGCGUGGUCUCCUUCAAUGUUGCCCCAGCUAGUUGGUCCUUUGGGCAGACCUACACUGGAAGACAGUUCAACUACUAAAAUGUCUUUCAGUUGAGCAUCUUUUCAAUAAUGUUAUUGAUAGUACGUUUGUAUCAACUUAUUUUUUCAUAGAAUCAAUUCUGAAACCUAGAAACCACUCAGAGAAGCUUUUUUCCCAUAAUUGGUUCUGGUUUCAGAGUCAAUUAUUGAAGGGUUUCCAAAUAUGUAAUAAGUAUCUCAACAUUACUGUUAAAAGAAGCAAGGUAUAGUUGAUUAGUGUAUUAGUGUAGAUGGAUUAGCAGAGGGCUGAAUAGAAGAUGGUUUAGCCCCUCUUAUACAUAUAUUUGGUUUAUAUAUAGCAAGAAUUUGCAGAUGAUGUGCUGGUUUAUGCUAUGCCUCAGCAAAUGGUAUACUUGCUUUGUUGAGGAAGCUAGAUCAAUAAUCAAAAGAUUGUUGAAUGUGCUCUUGUACUUUAGUAAUUGAUCAAUGAAUGAGAAAAGUCAUGUUUGUUGCUCUA